CUUCAACUUCAAAAAAAGUCUGAGCCUUUGGACCCGGGAAUAUUUGAGUCCCGAGACAGUAGACCAAAGGAAGAAGCAACAAUCGUCCCGACAUCAAUAUCAGCACCGUUUUUCAUGAGCUGCAUGCAGACGGGCUGAUUUUGGCCGACAUUGUUUAAUUUUGGUUUCCCGGCUUAUGUGUGUCUCACAACUGCACCAAAACGUCUCGACGACAAACCGAAUACCCAAGGGGUGCGGGCAGAGCUGGAGACGAAAAGGGGACACACCGGAGGUCAAGCGGCGGCUUCUGCUCAUCCGAAAUGGCUCGCCGAACCACAAGAGGCAUAAAGAAGAGCUACGUUGAGGCACCUAUUGUUUUCGAUGAUGAGGACGAGCCAAUCCCCGUCACAUCCAAGGACUCCGACGAUGAGGAUUUCACUGCCCCGGAGCCCGCUCAGGAGGAAGAGGAUGACAAGGAUGAAGAAGCCGACAUGGCCGAUCCUACCAGUGAAGAAGACGAGGCCGAGGACGAUGAAGAUGAUGGCGAUGCUGACGGUAAAAAGAACGAUGCGUCCUCCCAUCCCAAAAAACACCGUAAUACGGGCGCUGGCAUGAUUCAGAGCCGCAAAGGCUUCCAUGACAUUCCCCAUUACCCCCUCGAGACACGCAUUGUGACCCGUGUCUACGCAGGUCCCUUGAGGCGAUAUGCGCGGUAUAGUGCCCUGCGCGACUCCAUGUACGGGCCCGAGUACAACCGCAUCAAGAUCAUAUGGGACUUGGAGAUACGAUGGGCCGAAUUUCCCGCUUUGCCACCCAGGUACUUGCCUCAUGAACCCCAGGGCAUCUGUCCCAGCCCAUGGCUCGCGCCUGCCUUCGAGCGUACACAGGAACAAAAUGCUGCUCGAUGGUACAAUAACUACUACGCCAAGAGUCCCAAGGUACAGCAAUGCCAUUUGCUUUCUAGUCAUGAGGGGGAGCAUCUAAUUCCUCAAGCCGGAGGUGAUCUUGUUACCUUCAUUGGACCCUGGGAUCGCCAGGGAGAGUUCCGGUUUGCCCAGGGCCAGAGUUUAACGAUAACGGCUUCUGGUCUCCCAACGAGCACAUCCGAAGACCAAGACGAAAGAUCAACAGGCUGGAUGCUCGACAUUGGAAGUAUUCCGCUUGCCAUGGGCUGGGCUCCAUCUCUUGUCAAUGCCAAGCAAGUUCUCGCCAUCGCAAGCAUACCCUUCGCGGAUCAAGAACCUAGGCGACAAGAAGACGGUGCAGAUAAGCACCAAGACCCCAGUGCUAUGGCUGAAGGCUGCGUCCAGCUUUGGGAGUUCACACCAAAAGAGGCAGGUAAAACGCUGGCUCGACCUUCCACCACCCCAGCGCGGCUGAUCAGGACAUUGUGUUUCAGCUGGGGCCGGCCAAAGCGACUGCAGUGGUGCCCCGUGCCUUUUGAGUCAGUCGGUAGUUAUGGGCUACUAGCUAUACUUACAGGAGAUGGAAAGGCCCGGGUUAUUGACGUCAAGAAGGCUGAAGACGGGAGCGCUCCCGUUUACGAAUGGGUACAAUCGCCUGUUGUCACCCUUGGUAUCGAUGAUGACUACAACAACAAGGUGACUUGUCUAAGCUGGGUGAAUAUCAACCGCAUCGCCCUCGGUCACUCGGAUGGGUCUGUCACACUGUGGUCCAUUUUUCCCCGAAAGAUGCUACAAAGAGUCGGAGUACACACCACGUAUGUGAUCGAUAUAUGCUCAGCCUACCCGUCAAAUCCCUACUUGGUCGCCUCGAUUCCCGUCGGCGGAUGUGCAACCUUGACCGACCUGUCGCAGCCAAGCUCCGAACUCACAUACUUCCCUGUUCCCGCUAUCAGCUUCCAGCCGAACAUGCUUUGCUGGAACGAGUCCAUGCAGGGUUUCAUGGCUCUCUACCCAUCAUCCACGCCCAACACGACGAUUGCGUUCCUACACCAUCGCUUCUUUUGCCAGGCUCGUAGUAUCUGCACGGGUCCGAACACUAUCACUUGCAUUUCUGCCGGAGCUACGCACCCGUUUGUGCUGGCCGGCUGUGCAGAUGGCUCGCUAUUCUCUUGCAACGCUCUGCAGAAGCUCUUCAAGCAGAAGGGGGAGCCUUUACAAAAAAUCAAGGUAAUGGAACACGAAUACAGGCCGAUUAGACGUCCUGAACUUCAGGAAAAAGAUAGCAGUCGUCCCGUCAGAGGCGCGGUCCGGAUCUUGCAAGGUUUCCUACCGGAGCCCAAUGACGAUCCCAGGACGGAGAAGCGCAAGGAGCUGGACCGGAAGAAAAAGCUAGAAAGAAUGAAAACGGCGUCUGGAAAGAAAAAGGGCCGACCAAGGAAGAAUGGAGGCACCGUAGAGGAUCUAGAUCGGGAGGCCGAGCUCGACGACAAGCUUGCAUCGCGCGUGGUCACCCAUGAGCCGCUGACCAGGCUAACGACGAUUGUCUGGAACCCGAACAUGCAAUACAGCUGCUGGGCGGCGUGUGCAAUGGCUUCGGGUAUUAUCAAGGUGAUGGAUCUUGGAGUGCAGUAAACUAAGGAUCCGUUGACUAUGGCGAGCCACGGAGGGAGUAAUGCCCAAUAUACCAAAGCGGGAAAUGACUAUCAAAUGAUCCAAAGCGAAGCAUGAUUACUCUACGACAAUCCACCGGACGGCGAAAUAGGCGCCAAGUGUACCAAUGUAACAAGUCGCUUCUUGUUACAUUGGUCAAUUGACCUCAUUUGCCCCGAGCAGCAUCAGUUUCGAAAAAAAAUGAUUAAGUCAAUCACUUUAUCCAUCCAUCCAUCGAUCUAUUUAUCUAUCUGUCUAUCUAUCUCCACACACUCUACCUUCUAGUAUGCAGUCAACAUGCCAUAGUACUUGUAUCAGGUCUCAGCAGGUGCCUCCCAAGACGGCGUGAUGGUAGUCGAAAGCCUUGGCCAUACCAUGUAAAUGAGUGGCUGCCGCCAGAACGACAAACACAUGGAAGAUCUGAUGGGAGCUACCCCAAAUGUCAAAACGACCGGGAUACCGACAUUCAGGCCAUCGAACCUGGUGUUUGCUCUAGUCAGAACCCGGCAGUAAGGAUAAAGAGAUAUAAGAGUUGAGGACUUACAGCAUACAGGAGGGCGCCGAAGAUAUACAUGGCUCCUUGAAGCAUGACCCAUCUGAGUCCCAUGAGCUCAUCUAGUUGGGUG